AUGAAAGCAAACCUUAACCACUCCGCCAAAAUGAAAUGUGAUUUUAAUUGUAACCAUGUCCGUUCUGGACUUGCACAGUUAAAGACUGAUGCAGUAAAGAAAAGACUAGAAGAAUCCUCUAUCUCGAAUUAUGAGGAAGGGUCUUGUAAAGACUGUGUUAAAGAAUCUCAGAGGCUAUUGCAUAGUGAACUGCAGAAUGCAACCCCCAGGAAUUUUGACCACAAAACUGAAGGAAGGCUUGUACAUAACAAAGAAAACCAGCACGUAUUGUACAGAUUUGGUGAAGGUGCCUGUGAAAUGGAGGCAUUAGAAAACAGUAGGUUUAAUGAGGAGAGUGGUUACUCCUCUAUGUUGAGCAGCGAGUACAAUGAUCCAACAGAACAUGAGGACAGUAUACUACUGGCGGGAAAUAUAUAUGGCACACCAAAUCACUGUCUCAUGAACCAAAGCCAAGCACAGCUUUCCAAAAAAACCUUGCUACCAGUUACCCAUUUUGAAGAACUGGUUUGCUCAACUUUGAAAAAAAGUGGUAAAAGAAAUCUUAAAUCAUGGGCUAUUGUGGACAGAAUUGUUUCCCGGGGAAGCAUUGGACUUAGGAAUCUAAUUGGCAGGAAAAUGGGAUUAAAUGCAAUAGACAUUCUUGGUGAACUCUUCCAAAGGGACCUCAGACAUCUUUUAGCAAACAUCUUAAGACAUCUUGAGGAGAUGGACUUAAUAAAUGUGGCUAAAGUGAGUCCAACAUGGAAGAAAAUUCUAAAGGAAGAUAAAUGGGCUUUCCAAGUGUAUAGUAAAGCAGUGAAAAGCCUUUCUGAUGGUUGUGUACAGCCCUCAGAACAUACUGUAACAAGGGAAUAUGUUCUGUAUCGAGCAGCUUUAGCUUCUGUUCAGACAGCAGCCCCUCCAAACAGCUCAUCCAAAAAAGCAUCCAGAUCCAAAGCAUCCAACCAGAGCAAUCAAAAUGGUUCUUACAGCCGACACCUGGAGUUUUCUGAGGCUGCCAAGACCUUGAAAAACACUGAAAGCCUUAAGGUUUGUAGUCGCUGCAGCUCACCUGCAAAAUAUGACUCCUAUCUACAGAGGGCAACAUGCAGCCGUGAAAGCUGUAGCUUUGACUUUUGCACCAAGUGCCUGUGCUGCUACCACAAUUCCAGAGACUGUGCAAGUGGCAAACCUGUGAAAUCAAGUUCUCAGCUAGGACUUCUUCCUGGCACCAAAAAGAGCAAACAAAAUUUGCGGAGAUUGUGA